GAGAGAACAAGCCCCGCGAGCUUCCAAGCCGCCUCGAAUCUGGAAAGAGAAGUAAGGUUGGAGAAAGUACAGCGAUGCCAAGGAGAAAACAGCAGGCACCAAAAAGGGCAGCAGGUUAUGUCCAAGACGACGACUUGAAAGAUGAGGAAGACAUAAAAGAGGAAGAAGAAGAUGACGAUGAGAGCAAUUCAACAGCCCAACUUCAGGGUAGCAACGACCCAGGCACGGAUGAAGAACAUGACGUGGGCCCCGAUCCAAAAGGCAGCUUUAGCUACCAGAAUUCUCCAGUAAGUCAUGUCUCCAAUCAGGAUGUUGAAAAUGAAUCACUGUUGAGUGAUGCCAGUGACCAGGUGGCAGAGAUUAAAAGCCUUUGCUCGAGAGAGGUGCAGGACUCCAAAGCCAAUGUCCACCCCAAACCUCCAAGUGAAGCACACAGUUGCAUGGAUAAAAUGACAGCCGUCUAUGCCAACAUCCUUUCAGACUCUUAUUGGACAGGUUUGGGACUAGGCCUCAAGUUGUCCAACUCUGAUAAGAGGGGCUGUGACAACAGAAACGGAGCCAGCAAAAGUGACUUUGAUUGGCAUCAGGAUGCGCUGACCAAAAGCCUGCAACAGAGCUUACCGGCUAGGCCGGUUUCCAAACCAAACCUUUUCAGUUCAGUCCAGCUCUACCGGCAAAGCAGCAAAAUGUGUGGAACUGUCUUCACGGGUGCUAGUAGGUUUCGGUGCAGGCAGUGCAGUGCGGCCUACGAUACUUUGGUAGAGCUUACUGUCCAUAUGAACGAGAGUGGUCAUUAUCAAGAUGACAACCAUAAGAAAGACAAAAACAGGCCUACCAGCUAUUCCAAGCCCCGAAAAAGGGCCUUUCAGGACAUGGAUAAAGAAGACGCCCAGAAAGUUCUGAAAUGUAUGUUCUGUGGUGACUCCUUUGAUUCCCUUCAAGACCUAAGCGUUCAUAUGAUAAAAACAAAACACUACCAAAAAGUGCCUUUGAAGGAGCCAGUACCUACCAUUUCUUCCAAAAUGGUCACUCCAGCAAAGAAACGUGUGUUCGACAUUAACAGGCCUUGCUCCCCAGACUCGACCACCGGGUCAUUUGCCGACACCUUUUCUUCCCAGAAAAAUGCAAAUCUGCAGUUGUCAUCGAAUAACCGCUAUGGUUACCAGAACGGCGCCAGCUACACAUGGCAGUUUGAAGCAUGCAAAUCGCAGAUCCUCAAGUGCAUGGAAUGCGGGAGCUCACACGACACCCUGCAGCAACUCACCACACAUAUGAUGGUCACGGGUCAUUUCUUGAAAGUCACAAGCUCAGCCUCCAAGAAAGGAAAGCAACUUGUUUUAGAUCCCCUGGCUGUGGAGAAAAUGCAGUCGCUUUCUGAGGCGCCGGCUGGUGACAGCCAACAUUCGAAACCUUCUAGUAAUGCAUCAACAGAUUCUACAGCUCCUGCUUCAGAGCUAAAGAAAGAAAGUAAGCAAAAUAAAUCUGAGGAAGUGAGCAAAGAUGAGAAAGUGGUAAAGAAUGAAGACUAUGAAGACACUAUUCAAAAACCGCUGGAUCCUACAAUGAAAUACCAGUAUCUUAGGGAGGAGGAUUUAGAAGAUGCUUCAAAAGGUGGUGGAGACAUUUUGAAGUCUUUGGAAAACACUGUCACCACUGCCAUCAAUAAAGCUCAAAAUGGAGCACCCAGCUGGAGUGCAUAUCCUAGUAUCCAUGCCGCCUAUCAACUCUCAGAAGGAGCAAAACCUUCCUUACCAGUAGGCUCCCAAGUUCUACAAGUUAGACCAACUGUCACAAAUAAGUUGAGGCCUAUUGCUCCAAAGUGGAAAGUUAUGCCUUUGGUUCCCAUCUCAGCUAACAUGGCCCAGUGCACUCAAGUGAAGAAGGAAGGAGAGACCAAAAAGGAAGCGCAAAAGGACUACAUUAAAGAGGUCAACAGAGUUGAUCCUGCCCCUGCCUGUCAAAGUGAAGGAGAAUCUCCCCCUCAAGCCGAGGUGUGCGUGGAACCCAAAAAGUCAGAGCCAAGUCCUUUGAAGGAGGAGAACAAGGCAAAAGAAGAUGAGGAGAAAGAAAAAUCAAAAACAAAGGAGUCUGCAGCAGCAGCAUCCCUCAGCAAUGGAUGUGCUUCUGCUAACCACUCCCCAGAGCUGCCUUGUUUGAACCCACUGAGUGCCCUGCAAUCUGUCCUAAAUAACCACUUGGGCAAAGCAAAUGAGCCUUUGAGGCCUCAGUCGAACUCCAGCCCCAGUUCAAGUUCAGUCUCUAUGUUCCAGAAACCUAAUUUAAACAUGAUGGAGAAGCCCGUUUUAUCUCCCACCCCAACGCCGACAAAACCUGCAGGCGUCACGUCCAGGCGUUACGUGUUUGAAAGCAACGAUCAACCGAUAGACCUGACCAAAUCUAAAAGCAAGAAAGGAGAGUCAGCUCAAGCACAAUCUUGCACUUCCCCACCUCAGAAACACGCGCUGUCUGACAUCGCAGACAUGGUCAAAGUUCUUCCCAAAGCAACAACGCCAAAACCCGCGGCCUCGUCCAGAAUCCCAUCCAUGAAACUGGAAAUGGACGUCCGGCGUUUUGAAGAUGUCUCGACGGAAGUCUCCACCUUGCACAAAAGAAAGGGCAGGCAGUCCAACUGGAAUCCUCAGCAUCUCCUUAUUUUGCAAGCUCAGUUUGCUUCCAGUCUCUUCCAAACUUCCGAAGGUAAAUAUUUAUUGUCGGACCUGGGCCCUCAAGAACGCAUGCAGAUUUCCAAAUUUACCGGACUGUCCAUGACCACCAUCAGCCAUUGGUUGGCCAAUGUCAAGUACCAACUCAGAAAAACUGGAGGGACAAAGUUUUUGAAAAACAUGGAUAAAGGGCACCCCAUCUUUUAUUGCAGUGACUGUGCAUCUCAGUUUAGAACCCCGUCGACGUACAUCAACCAUUUAGAAUCCCAUCUAGGUUUCCAAAUGAAAGACAUGAACAAGCUGGCUGUGGAGCAGCAAACCAAGGUAGAGCAAGAAAUCUCCAGAAUUUCAGUUCAAAGGUCUCCUGAAACAAUAGCUGGAGAAGAGGACACAGACUCUAAGUUCAAAUGUAAGUUGUGCUCUCGGACAUUUGUGAGCAAACAUGCAGUUAAACUCCAUCUAAGCAAAACACACAGCAAGUCGCCAGAACAUCACUCACAGUUUGUAGCAGAAGUGGAUGAAGAAUAACCCCUAAGGACAAAUGCCUUAACCCCCAGCUCUCCCAUCCCGACUCGCCCACCCUGAGCCUGCCUCCUCUCAUUGUGCCACUUCUGACAUUGAACUUCCAACAACCCGGACUGAGAAGACUGCCAAAAGAAUAAUAAAAAUCUCCAGCUAUUCUUCUUCAUCCUCACUAACAAUUUGGUAAUGAAGUAUUGAUUUCCACUCCCCCGCUUAUGGACGA